AUGCGAGAGCAUGAAGAUACCCACCUCACCAACGAAUCCAAGAACCUGUUGGCCUUAGUAUGUCUCCCAAACUCUCCAAGGCCAGCAUCACCAACCCCAUACAACCACACACUUCCAUUUAACAAAGAUUAUACGAUAUGGCAUGAACAAGCAUGCCGGCCCUUUCUCUUAGACCUCAUUCGUAAUCGGACCCUUUCAGAAGUGAAAUCUCUAGCUGCCUUGCCUGACAUUCUGGAGGAUGAGGUACACAAAGAGUUGCUUCGGCGCCCACAGGAACUACUGGCUUCGUUGGAUCUCUUGAACGAUGAGGAUCUUGAAAUCAUAGGGCGGUCCUCAACGAGCUCGUCGUCUUCUACGAAUUCUCAGUCAUCACAAGUUUCCGACUCGGACCUAAACGACGUGCAACAAAGCAUUGAAAUUAUGCUCCAAGAUCUUAAUCAAAGCUACGAGGAUUUUCUGGUUGUAGAGAAAGGAAGAGUUCUAUACAGAUUCGAGGGCCAGUCGAAGAUUGUGGAAUUGAAAAUCCCAGUCGCGAAAGAGUUAUACACAGAGUUCCGGGAACUCACGAAGUUGCUUAUCGAUGCUCAACAAGAUACAGUAGAACUGGGAUUUCCCGAUUUAGGGCUUAUGUUGAAUCAGUACGAUAAAGAAUUUAAAGAGAAAGUCUCAAGCUUUCUCCGAGCAACCAGAAGAUCCUCACGAGAUUCUCCCUGGAAAUCCUUACUGUCCUCGAAAGGAAAUAGAGCCUGGCGUAGGGAAUAUCCAGCACAAAUCGAUUUUAUGAGAAAGACUCAAAAAAACAUCAGUAACGCUUUGGACCUUGGUGAAAGUGUUCGUAAUCUGUUCUUCGAAUCGGCAUUUAAAUUCAUGGAAGUUAUUGUUCAAAAGCUUGCAAAGGAGAUGGACUUCGAGAUUCAAGAUCAGUUUCACGGGAACGUCUUGAUCAGCAGGAUAUUUGAAACUCGUUAG